AUUAGGCUGUGUUCUAUGGAACAAGUAUAUAAACCAGUAUCAGGAUUAUGUUAAUGAGAACCAUGGAAUUGCUGUUUUUGUGAUAUUUCAACUGUGUAGACCCAAAAGAUAUCAAGGCACCCUAAGUGUGGCUUCAUCUUUUGAUGUGUCCAAACUCAUCAUCAAUGGAAACACAACCGAAUUCUUAGAGUUCCAGAACGAAUUUCCGGCGGAUGGUGAUGACUCCAUAUCUCAAACAUGCAACACAAACUGCUCACAAGGUGAAGGGAGUAGGGAUGUGCUUAGUGGUCAUGCUGUCAUAACCACUAUGGAGGUUUUGAUGAAUGCAACUGAGGAGGAGAUUUACUGGGUGCUUGGUGAGAUAGUUUCUAUCGAAAAUACUCGGGAGUGGUGCUACCAAAGCUGCCCAACAUGUCACAAAAAAUUGGUACCGGAGGAGAAGAGGUUCAGGUGUUCUACUUGCAGCGUGACACUAGGAGAAGGAGUCUACCGUUACAAGGUCAGUGUGUGCAUCAUGGACAACACCGGACAUGGAAAUUUUAUUCUAUGGGAUAGGGAAUGUAUUGAGAUUCUGGGGAAAACUUCUGCAUCCCUAAUGGCUGAGGUCGAAAAGGUAACAUCUAUAUUGUAUUCACGACAAUUUUAUUCUAUGUAGACCACUCAUUCUAUUUCAUAAUGCAACUUGGCAAAAAAAAACAGAAAACAGGUGAUCCAACCCGUUUUCCAGAAGAUAUUGAAAGCUUGAUUGACAAAAAGGGAAUAUUCAAAAUACAGCUAAAGAAGAGAGGUGAAGAGAAUGCCUAUAAAGGUAGUGUUUCCCUUGGAGUUGUUAGUAUGAUUCGAGAUCCUAAUGUGCUGGCAAUGUAUGAAGGAAAUCAUGAGCAAUUGGUAUCAAAUGAAAGCCAUGAGUGUACUCCAGAGAAGAUUGGUUCAUGUUCAAACUUGGAAGGAAACGACAACUCGAUAAGAGAGAAGUCUUCUGUUACUAAGGGCAAGGGAAAACGGAUUUCAGCUGAGAAGGAGGUUACUGCCCCCAUUGAGCUCUCAGAUUCGCCUGCUGCUUCUACACAAAGAGAGGUGAUUGUUGAAUUGGAUGACGCGAUAAAAAGGAAUCUCAAUGAUGAGUUUUCAGGCAAUGAGAAUGGAAAGAAGCUGAAGAUUAAAAUCAAGCAGGAAAAACUGUAAUUGGGUUUGCAAAGAAGUGAAGAUAACGUUUCGAUGUUUUUGUGGAAACAACUAAUGCGGUGUUGGUUUUUUUGGAAAACUGUAUCAAGGGGCCGUAUGUAUUUUGGAAGUGAAACACUAUGUGUGACAGACUUCAAAUAACCUAUAUUAUGUCUGUAGUGUGGUGUGCUAAUUUGAUGAUGCUAUGUUGUGGACGUAUUAUACCUUGGUCCUCUAAAGAUUGUGUAUUUCUUGAGCAAUUGCAGGUUUUCUACAGAGAGAAGAAAUUGCUAACUUUAAGGGAUGUCUUUACACAUAAUUCAUAUUGGCAAGUUUUAUAAAAUAAUUUUAUAAUGACACUGACACACUUAUAAAUGAUUU